AACACUGUUGAGUGUGGCCACUAGUAGUCCUCUGACACCAGGAUUGUAUGAUCAAAUCAGAUACCUGACAGAUAGAAAGGCCAAUCCCUCUAUAAAGGAUGUGAAUGGAUUGAAUGCUUUACAUCAUCUGGCCAGGAACAGUAUAGCAAAAGUAGAAGUAUAUUAUGGUUGGGGCUGGCAACAACAACACCAGAAGAAAGAAAUAGAUGAAGAGAAAAUGGACCUAACAGUGAAAAUAGCAAAGUCUUUAUUGGACGCUGGUUGUGAUCUGACAGCUGAAACAGAGGAUGGUAAAACUGCCCUCAUGUUUGCCAUAGAACAGCUGAACAUUAAGUUGAUAGAGUUGUUAGUGGAAGCAGGUGCUACAGUGACAUCACACAAGUCUGAUAGUGGCAAGACCAUUCUUCAUCUGAUGUCAGAUCUGUGCAUGGACUCCGAUCUUAGUGGUAUACUCAAGAUACUGGUGGAACAGAAACCCAAGUAUAAAGAGGCAAAGACAGUUAAAGGGAGUGAUAAUAAGAAGGUUGUUGUAGAGAAUGGUGACAUUGUAGAGGAGGAUAAACCAGAGGCAAUGGAAACUGAUGGUGAUAAACAGUCUGAUAAACAGAAAACUGACAGUGAUAAACCCAAGGAAAAUGGUUCAGGGGAUGCUAAAAUAGAUGCUGUAAAUGGUAUGGAGGUAGAUGAAGUAAGCCAGCCUAAGUUAGAGAAGAUGGCAUCUAUAGCUUCUCAGGAAGAUAUCUGGCCUAUGAUGGCCACAGAAUAUGACAAUGAUGGAUACACACCUUUACUCUGGGCAUGCAAAAUAUACAGGGACUUCAAGAAAUCUGGUACAAUGACCGAUGCUGAUGUAAAGAAAUGCAGCGAGAAUGGCCGUAAGUUUAUUCAGGCUAUGAUAGAGCUGACCGGUGCCGAUGUGUCGGCUACAGUUCACGAGAAAGUCUUCCCUGCUGAUCAUAAAGUAGACACAGAGGAGGAAAAAUAUACAGCAGAUGGUAAAUUCUCACCUUUACACAUGCUUAUACAUGUCGGUCACGAGGUUACGGAGAUACAAAGCCCAACAGGAACACAGAACCUAAGUAACCAGACAGCAUUGGCAUUAGCUGUAGAAUCCAAAUGUGCUAAAGCGCUAGCAGAACUAAUCAAGAUUGGUGCAGAUCCCAAUACAGUAUAUGGUUUGGAAGCUACAGGAUUUUUCACACCUUUACAUAAGGCAGCAGAUCAAUCUUCAGUGCAGAUAGUAAAGAUGUUGAUAGAUGCUGGGGCUGAUGUCAAGAAGCCAAACUCUAAAACCGGAGAACAACCCUUAAACCUGGCUGUCCAUUAUAGAGGUGAUGAGGCCAUUGUUAUUGAGAUAGCUAAGUUAUUAUUGAAUGCGGGGGCUGAAGUCAAUGCCGGUAAACAGCCAGCUCUUCACACUGCGGUACUGGCUAAUCUAGGGACGUCAAAUGCCAGUACAGAACUUGAAAGAGUUUCUUAUUUCCGCAGGAGCUAA